UUGGUAACUCUACUUCAAAACUUGAAAAAUUCAAACUUAAGAAAGAAAAAAGAGAAAAGGGAAAAAAGAUCACACUAACUCAUCUACAGAAUGUUAUCCACAAAAAAUAUAAAUAAACUAUGACUAUUCCCAUAUUUCAAACCAACCAAAUUAAGAAACUCUCAACUAAACCAUGGAAGAAGCUCUCAUCUCCAAAACCCAGCUCACAAUUCUCUCCUUCCUCCUAACCCUAACCCUAGUUUUCGCCCUUACAAAACCCGAAGAUGGUUUCGUCAGAGCCAUGGAUAGAAAGCUUCUAGGGCUAAAAAAGGAAAAGUUCAGCCACUUUCGGUUCUUCUGGCACGACAUAUACAGCGGCCGAAACCCUAGCGCAGUGUCCAUAAUCCAACCACCGAAAAACACAUCGAAAAAUGGGUUCGGGUCGAUUAGCAUGAUUGAUGAUCCACUAACAGAAGGGCCAGAACUAAGCUCAAAAUUGCUAGGAAAAGCUCAAGGGUUUUAUGCUUUGGCUUCACAAAAUGAGGCUGCCAUACUUAUGUCUAUGAAUUUUCAUAUAAUUCAAGGAAAAUACAAUGGGAGCACUCUCACCAUUCUUGGGAGAAACAAUGUGUUCAAUAAGGUUAGAGAAAUGUCUGUAAUUGGUGGAAGUGGUCUUUUUAGGUUCGCACGUGGGUAUGUUCUUGCAAGUACUCACAAAUUAGAUGAUCCUUCUAAGGGUGAUGUUGUAGUUGAGUAUAAUGUUUAUGUGCUUCAUUACUAGCUACCUAGUUGUAUAAUUCUUCUUUUAGAUCAUAUAUUAUAAUUAAUGUUUUAGUU